AUGACAAUUAACCCACCAAAAUGCGCUGUGAACAUGGAACAGCGACUGGCGGCGCUGCGGCGCGACCAGGAGAUCGACGGGUUGAGAGUCUACCUCAUCAAGUACAACCUCUUUCCACGCAACCGAGACCCCCACAACUCACCUAUUCGUUUGGAGGAACUCAAAGAGCUCGUCAAGCACUGGAAACUUCAUCGACAACGUGGAUUUUGGCGCGAUCAUCCGGAUAAAGACGACCUCGUUCGUGCCUUGUUGCAGCAUAUCAAGAGCGAGGCUGCGAACAAGAAACGUCGACAGGAAGCACAGGACAAGUAUCGCAGCAAAACGUUGACUGGAGCUGACGAUGGAAGUCCCGGGAAGCAUCGAGACUUCUCGACGUUCUUCGGUGGCAACGCGAAUGCCCAUUCGAGUGGGGACGAAGACGAGAACGGUGAUGAUGACCGAGAACAAGCCGUGGCUGUUGCCAAGAAGAAAAACUUCGGUGGCGAUUUGUUCUACCAACGUGGCGACUACAACGAAGGGCUCAUCUAUCUGUCUCGAAUCGACAGGUCUCGCUUCCAGUCUGAAAGUCACAAUCCGUGCCAAGAUCUCCUCACGACGUCGGCAUCUGCACCUACACCACUCAACCGCCUACUGGUGACUCCUGAUGCCAAUAGCAAGCACAAAGGUGCUGCUGCAAGUGAUAAAGAAGUCGAGCGAGCAAUGAACCAGAGGCCGUCGAUGUUGAUUGCUCCCAUGCUUACUGGCUCCGUCAACACUGCACAUCUGACCAAGGAUACGAAGCUCAAGUCUGUUGAAGGAUUAUACAGCAUUUCAUGCCACAAAGGCUACGAGGCUCAACUACUGCGCGAAGGUGCGCUCGCUACGCUGUCAAGUGUCCUCAAAUUGGACGAUCCGACUAUCCGACUGUACUCUGCAGCGGCGAUUCUGAACCUCACGCAUUAUGUUCCAGCGCCGAUGUCACCACUGCCUACUCCAGUGAAGAAGGUGAAGACUCAGUCAUCAUCUUCUCUACUGGCAUUGGCACCUCAAGCGACAAAAGAUCGGUACUCAAAGAUGAUAGACGAAGGCGUCAUUGCAGCGCUACUGGAUCUCGUGCAUACCCCACAUCCGACUGUCAAGGCUUUGUGUGCCCGUGCGCUUCUUCGCUUCACAAUUGAUGAGUCUCACCACUUCGCCAUGGUGCAUGAAGGUGUUGUAGCUGCGCUUUCGCAGAUUAUGGCAACAGUGACCACAACGGCGGCGUCACCUUUAGCUGCACCGAAUGACGUGAAGCUCUUCUGUGUGUUAGCGCUCGUCAAUUUGUCUGGUGUACCUCGCGCUGUCACGUGCGAUGCGUUGUUGAACUCGAUCAUGGUGUUGGCCAGACAGGGAGACACUGUGACGCGAAGAAUUUGCGCUCAAGCGCUACUGAACCUCUCGAUUCUUCCUACAACUCGUGGAAUAGUGGUAGACGAAGGAGCAAUCGCUGCUUUGGAAGUGUUGACGGCUGUGGCGAUGAAACCGCUACAACUCAUGCUCUUGGAGAUGAUCACGUGUACACUAUGCAACUUGGCUGCUGUCAAGAACAACCAAGACUCACUGACGAAGAACAGCGCGUUGACGACCUUGUCGGAUAUCCUCAUAAGCGUUGAGGCAGAGCUGCGUCGGAUGCAGAACGCUGCCAAGACAGAAGACAGUGCGGAAGAGGAGGCAGUCGCUAGCUCUCUGUUGGUCUCAAUCCGCAAGAACUGCGUCAACUCUAUCGCGAUGCUCUGCUGCAACCCAAAGCUCCAAGUCCGUGUACGCAAUGCUGGCUUCAUACCGAAGCUUCUGGACAUUCUUCGACGCGAUGAGUUUAACGACGACGAGUACAGCGAUGAUGAAGAUCAUGUUUUCUCACGAGGUAUCGAUCCUGAAACCGAGAAGUUUGUGGUUGUAGCACUUGCCAAUCUAGCGCUAGACGAUCGCUGCCGCCCCAGUCUCGUGCAAGACGGAGCAGUUCCUCUCUUCCUCGGUUUGUUACGUGCUGCGGAGCCUCCUGUCUUAGUUACAAGUUACACAGGCGCUGCAGAUAACCAAGAAGAUAAAAGAGCGGCUGCGUUGCUACUCAAGCUGGACUGUGUGACGGCAUUGAGCAACUUGCUGCUUCAUCCCGCCAACUUCCAGGCAUUAGUGGAUGCAGGUGUGGUGCCUGCAUUCCUGGAUCUUAUCCGCAACGAGGACACAUCCGCUAGCAAUAGCAGCAAGGAGAUCCAGAAGGCUUGUGUUUAUGCGAUGCUGGGUUUGGCCAAAGACCCAGGAAUGAAGACUCGACUCGCAGAAGCUACUCAAAAGCGUGUGGAUGGGGAGAAUUCAAGCGACCAAGGCGGUGCCAUUCCGACAAUGCUGGUGUUCGCAUCGAGGAAUCUGGCCAACGCUGAACUCUGUGGUGUCUGUAUUAGCUUCUUGCACCACUUGUCGUCGCGAGCUGUGAAUCACGAAUUAUUAUUCUACGAAGGAGCUGUGGGUCUACUCGUACGUGUGUUGAAGAAACCAAGCUCAGCAGAGCCACCAGCCACGAUAUACGCGCUCUGGCUGGACUGCUUAGCAACGCUUUCCCACCUCGCAUCCUAUGAGGCCAGACGCCCUUCACUUCUUGACGACGGCGUUCUUGAAGCUAUUCAGCAUUUUCUGAUCGUCUCGGCUGCAGAUCAGCGACCACGUGAUACACUCACUGACCGCAGUAUCAUCAAGGCUCAGUACGCUGCGUCUCAAAUCGUUUACAAGAUGCAUGAACUCUGCAGUGGAAUCGCUGUUGCUGGAUCGGGAGCGAUAGAUGCACCAGCAUUUUUCUCGUGUUUGCUGCUGCUAGCGACGCAGUCUGCGUCCAAGAACUCACGGUUGUCCAAGUCGACGGUCGCUCUGCAACAUCGAACAGCGCGACGAACGGCACUUACGAUCGCUAAGGUGGCGCUGGCUGUACCUCAAGGUCCCAGGCUGUUGGCAGAGCAUGUGGAUAUUCCACCUGCGUUGAACAUGGUCAUGCGCACGGGUAUUCACGAAGCUCAAGUGUGCGCUGCUAUCGCACUAUGUAACUUGGCAGCCGAGCGACCAGCACCAGCGAAAGGCAAGCCUCUUCCAAGAAUAUGGCGCGAUGCGACUGUGGACGACUUCAUCGUCAUUACACUGCUGCGAGUCAAUAGUCCUCAGACUAAGGGGAUCUGCGCCAAGGCGCUGUUCAAUCUUCUGAUUCAUGAAGACGCACGCGACCAGCUCAUGCGAGAUGGCGUUCUCUAUGCGCUACUGAAGCUUGCUCGGCUGGAAAGUGACUCCAUCCGUGAUCUAGCGCUGCGUGCGCUGUACAACAUCUCUCUGGAUGCUAAAAAGACGAUGCAACUACUGGAGAUGGAGCUCGUGCGGAUACUGGCGAAGAUGUACCAAGCGGACCUGAAUAAAACCAUGAAGCGACUCAUGGUCGGCAUCUUGAGCAACCUUUCCAGUGCUUCCUGUGCUCUCAGUAGUAAUGUUACUACCAAUAAUGACGGUGAAGGGAAGAAUGGAGAGGGAAAUGUACUUAUUACAAAGAAUGUCGAGCUGCAGAUGCUUCAGGAGGGAGUACUGAGUGUUUUGAAAAAUCUGGUCAAAGUGCGCGAUCCCGAGAUGAAGUUGUACGUCGCUAAUGUGCUGUAUAAUCUAUCGUGUGCUGCCGACUCUCGCGUCGCGGAGAUUCUGGUUCAAGACGAAAGCAACGUGCUAGGCAUCCUGGUGGCAGAGCUCAAGUCGGAGAGCAAGGACGUGCGAAAGUAUGCAGCCAAGACCCUCGCCAACCUCAGUGCUUCUUCCGUCGCUGUGCAGAUCAUGACUAACGACGCCGCCUCAGCUGUAGUGAGUGUCAUCAACGAUACCAUGAAAGGCGGAAAGACUAAAACAGGGUCGACUCCUACUGGAAUUGGGACUUCAAACACGCUAUCCGUCUGCGCUGAGACGAAUUGUGCCUGUGUCUUUACACUCCGCAAUCUCUUCUCAUUGGAGACGAAUCAGCGUAAGUUUAUCGCGUGCAAUGGUCUACCGACUCUUGCCGCUCUCCUCACAAGUCCAGCAAUGGAAACCGAAGCUCCUACUCUAUGUGUGGCUACUGAUAUGAUCUGCUCGCUUGCUAAGCUCAACGCUGGCUCUGGUAAACCUGGAGAACUGUCGUAUGAAGAGCGCCUCGUGAAAGAUGGAGUUGUUCGUGCUCUGGUGGCGAUUGCCAAGGGUGCAAUGGACGGAUCAACCACGCGAGCUGAGGAGAAUGUGGCUUGUAUGAAUAUUGUCACAUCUCUGAGCAGUUUGUCGAUACAUCCGCGGUGUCAUGAUGCCAUGUUGCGUGAUGGAGCUCUGGAUGCUCUAGCAGUCUUGUGUGUGACGAACCCUUCUGAUACUCGAGCACCUUUUAAAGGUCUCGUAAGUGUACGAGGAGAGACAUUUGCACUACACUGCAUGAUAGUGAUACGGAAUUUAUCGCGUCAAGAGCCCCCUCCAUCGUCGUCGGGACCGCCUACAAGUGACAGUGAUGCUGGAAAUGGUCGUACCGAUAAGGCUGAAGACGUGCGUAGCCAGAGAUUGACUUCUCAGCCUUCCUUGGUCCCCAUCGUAUUGGCAUUAUCACAGUCCUCUAGUCCUCAGACUCGCGAGCACGUGGUGGUGUCACUGUACAGUUUGGCUCGAUUGCGUCGUAGUAAGCGGCAAAUGAUCAAGAACGACGCCGUUAAAGUGCUUCUACGUCUCGGUACGACUGCUAUUACGCCAUUCAAGCGGCACGUCUGCUCGUUGGCGCUACAAGCACUGGCCACCCAUGCUCCACCGCCUGUUCCAGCACAGACUAAUAGUUCCGACCCCACAGUAGCUACUGCAGAUGCAGUCACGAAUGCUGCUGAUUGGGAUGAUCCUCACGUGGAUAAGGUGGUUCAAGAAGGAAUUGUGGCAGCAAUUGCAGCUCUCGCAGACUCACAUCAACACGAUUUGCUUGUCAGCGUAUCAACGAAUCUGUACGUGAUCGCCACUCCACCCCCGGCAGUAACUGAGUCGAUAUUACUUUUGCGCACUACAAAUCGAGCGAUCGAGCAACGUGGCGCUCCUCCUGACUGGACUAAAGUGCUGAUUACUGACUUAAUAUCCUGGCCUGAGAUUGAAAUGGGAACCAGCCGAACCACAGCUAUCCGUGUUGACAGUAAUUUAGCACUGGGAUCGUUAUCAUCUGGUCUACAAGAGGAAGAUAACGACGAAGAUUCCUACUCGGACGCUAGUGAUGAUGAAAAUCGUCGAAAAGGUUCACAAGGCAGAUCAAGCGGAAAGGUGAUGAGCCCAAGUUCACCAAAGAAGCAGCCGCAAUCAGGUCCUAACUCAAAUUUGGCUCCUCCGCGAAUAUGCAGCUCAGACGCGGUGUUGGGCUGGUUCCAAUUACUGACUGACCCGAAACCGGAGAAAGUGCGAGUGAGUGUAGACUUUGAACUGGCAGGCCGCCGCGCAGUUGCAUCUUCUCCAAACACGUCUUCUGUAUCGAGUAAUGACGAAUUGCCGAAACUUCGUCCCGAGACUUCUCCAGAGGGGUUAACAGAAGAUAAUUCGAGACUUGGCGGAAAGUUAAAUGAUGGAGGGCAGUCCACCCUUACACAAGCUCGACAAAAUGCAGCGAAUAGUGGCACAUCCACAUACCGACGUUUGACCAGCAAUGGAAUUCAUCGAGGCAAUACGCCAGACAGUCCCCUUAAAUCGUCUGCAGCUAUCGCUAAACGGAGAUCCCAUCAACUGGAGCCGCUUUCCAAUUCAAAUUAG